AGCGUCCCGGCCCGAGCCGCCGCCGCGCAGAGAUGUUCUGCAUUUCAACCUCAUCAAAAAUUAAAUUGAUAUUUAUGGGCUGAUCUGGAAACCUGAAUAUAAUUUGUUUCACUACAACUAUAAGAAAAUAUGUUCAAAUUCCCAUUGGCUGACUUAUAAAGGGGCUUUUGGAACACAACUUAAUGUAUGAAGUACUCAUUACGCCCUAAUAACUACCCUGAAGAUGGUAUUAUGAAUAUGGCAACUUUUCUACGGGGCUUUGAAGAAAAGGGGAUAAAGAAUGACAGGCCUGAGGACCAGCUGAGUAAAGAGAAAAAGAAAAUUCUGUUCUCCUUCUGUGAGGUGUGCAACAUUCAGCUGAACUCCGCCGCCCAGGCCCAAGUCCAUUACAAUGGCAAAUCCCAUCGCAAACGAGUCAAGCAGCUGAGUGAUGGGCAGCCGCCACCUCCGGCUCAGGGCUCAGGGCAGCUGCUCGCCAGCCCCGGCACCACCACCAGCGCAGGCAGUACAUGCCACACUACUACACUUCCUGCUCUUGUGCGCACACCUACCCUGAUGAUGCAGCCGUCACUGGAUAUCAAACCAUUUAUGUCUUUUCCAGUGGACAGUAGUUCUGCUGUUGGGCUCUUUCCAAAUUUUAACACAAAAAGAAGAGGCUUAUUUGGGACCAAUAAAUUCUAUCAGAUGGAUCCUGUGCAAAAAGCAGUCAUUAACCACACUUUUGGAGUGUCCAUUCCCCCAAAGAAGAAACAAGUUAUUUCUUGUAAUGUCUGUCAGCUUCGCUUUAAUUCGGAUAGCCAGGCCGAGGCCCACUACAAAGGAAGUAAACAUGCCAAGAAGGUCAAAGCACUAGAGGCAACGAAAAAUAAACCCAAAAUGGUUUCUUCCAAGGACAGCGCAAAGGCUAAUCCCAGCUGCUCCAUCACUCCAAUCACAGGCAACAGCUCUGACAAAUCAGAAGAUAAAGGAAAGUUAAAAGCCAACAGUUGCAUUCAGCCAUCAAGCUCUGAAGGGGGCUCGUUUCUCCUCAAAUCUGGCACAACACCCUUGCCACCUGGAGCAGCCACUUCUCCCUCGAAGAGCACAAAUGGAGCUCCUGGUACUGUUUCUGAAUCAGAAGAAGAAAAAGCAAAAAAAUUACUGUAUUGUUCACUAUGCAAAGUGGCUGUGAACUCCCUGUCACAGCUAGAGGCACACAACACAGGAUCUAAACACAAGACCAUGGUUGAAGCUCGUAAUGGGGCUGGUCCAAUUAAGUCCUAUCCUAGACCUGGAUCAAGAUUAAAGAUGCAGAAUGGCAGUAAGGGCUCCGGACUACAGAACAAGACAUUUCAUUGUGAAAUCUGUGACGUUCAUGUUAAUUCAGAAAUUCAACUCAAGCAGCACAUUUCUAGCCGAAGGCAUAAGGAUCGGGUUGCCGGGAAACCACUGAAGCCGAAAUACAGCCCUUACAACAAACUCCAGCGGAGCCCGAGCAUUUUAGCGGCCAAGCUCGCCUUCCAGAAGGACCUGAUGAAGCCUCUGGCCCCGGCCUUCCUGUCCUCGCCGCUGGCGGCGGCGGCCGUGUCCUCGGCCCUGUCGCUGCCCCCCCGGCCGUCCGCGUCGCUCUUCCAGGCCGCGGCCCUCCCGCCCGCCCUGCUGCGGCCCGGCCACGGGCCCAUCCGCGCCACGCCCGCCUCCAUCCUCUUCGCGCCCUACUGACCCGGACCGAGCCCGAGGGCGGGGUGGGGGUGCCCCCGCCCGCCUCCACACCGAGGAGUCACUAGGCUCGAGGAGGGCCUCCAGGGAGCGCGCCCGCGUAGGGACCCGGCAGCACACCCUCUGCCCCCCCCCCUCCGUCCUCCCCCCAUUCAUGCAUCCCAGAUCACUGGUUUCUUGCACAUGUAUCGGUCAGAAAACAAAACAACACAAAACGCAUCUAUCUACCGCCCUCUGACUCAGUUUCCAUGGGUGUGACCUGGCUGAGAAACAUAAGGAAUAGCUGUUUCCUGACAGACUUGAAAACUAGGGGGUCUUCCUCACACGUCUGUAAAUAACUCUGGAAUCCAACUGGGCACAUUCUAGUGUGGAACAAAAACAGAUGAACACAAGUGCUCGCUUGUGGACACCAUCUUAACCCAACGGAUCACAAUGUUUUCUUUUACGGUGUACCCUUGUCCACGGGGAUCGUGUACUGUUUUAGGCCUAGUACUGUUGUAUCCUGUGUAGUACUAGUUCUGUAUCUCUUGUCUGAACUCAACUUUUUUUAGUUGCUGUGUAAAUGUUAGGAAGCAAAGUAGCUUUGAAUUUUCUCUCUAAGAGAACAAAAAAGAUAAAGCAAUGUAUUUUCUUUCUUUCACGUUUUAUUUGGUGAUAUUUAAAAGAACUAGAAAGCCAUAUAACAUAGCUAUAAUUACUACCUGUUUGCUAUUUUUGUUUAACUUAUUUUGUAGCUUCCUCACUAGUUUGAGUUGCUAAGCAAAUGUAGACAACCAGAAAAAGCGCUUCCUAAGUUGUUGCACACUUUUGCACCUCUUGUGCAUUCUGCAAGGAGACAAUGAAUCCAUGUAUUUCUACGUAAUAAUCUUCUUCAUUUUUAACCUGUUUUCAUUUGUAAUGAUGCUACAUAAUUUUGUGGCUCCCUAAUGCAAUAAUGUACAGAAGAUAAAAAAAAAUUUAUAAUUGAACAAUUUGUCUUUCUGUUCACUGGAUAUGUUGCAGGUCACGCUCCCAUGCCCCCCUUUCUAAACUGAUAUCAACAAGACUGGAAUGUUUGUGGUAUCAGGGGCAAGAGGUAUCAUAAAACAACAAAAUAGAGUGAACUCUUUUAGAGCAUCUAUAUCUGCAAUCUGUAAAUGGUAAAAUGUCUGUGUAUUUUUUUAAAUGUACCUUUUCAAUAAAAAUACAAAAAGUAAAAAUC